CCCAAAAGACAUUUCGGAACUUACCAAGUCGUUACAUCUGGCUGGGAAUGUGACGUUACAAAAUAGCUUUAAACGUGUUCGUCCGGCCGACUUACCGAAUAUGUCCGAACUCCGACAUAUUUCAUUUAGUUUUAGUGAAAUCGAGGCUCUCGACGAUUAUACGUUCAGUAACUUCAAGGAACUCCGGCAACUGCGGCUGAACCACAACAACAUCCAACAGAUCGGACCUAAAACAUUUGCUGGACUUUCGAAAUUGGAAGUUCUUGAUUUGUCUGGUAAUCUGGGUAUCAAAAUCAGUGAUGGAACAUUCCGGGAUCUUCCUUUGCUUCAAGAACUGUAUAUAGGUGAGAUCAAUUUGCAGGAAUUAGAUGUUAAUGUUUUCCACGGUUUAACCCGAUUGAAAGUUCUGGACAUACACGGCAAUUCAAUCAAGCAUCUAGGUGAGCUUCAUAUGAACUUGUUUCCUAAUUUGAAUGUUUUAGAUAUUUCCUCAAACUCAUUGAUAGCGUUGGAUGAACAAGUAUGGGAAUUUAUUUCUAAGCUACAGACAUUAUAUAUUGGCGGUAAUUCAUGGGAAUGCAAUUGCAAUAUGAAGAUUUUAAAGAGUCAUCCUUCUCUCCGUAAUAUAACAGACGCUAUAAUUUGUGAUGGACCCAGCCCGCUUCAAUACAUACCACUUUCGCGGGUCGCAGGUUCCGACUUGAAAUGUCAGCCACCGAAAAUCAUCGAUUGUGACAAGAUACAAACACACAUAAAAUUGGGAGACACCUUGACAAUGUCGUGCAAUAUAACGGGAGAUCCUUUCCCUUUUAUAGAGUGGAAAACUCCCAGAAAAUCCCUGCUAUAUCCAUAUAAUACGACAUUAGGGUCGCUUUCUGUUUAUGAAAAUGGAUCUUUACAUGUGAUGUCGACCUCAUUGUUAGACAGUGGAAUGUGGACACUGAAAAUAUCAAACUCAGAGGGUAUGGUCAAGAGAAACUUCAGUGUUGAUGUUCAAGCAACUGAAACAACGACGAAUCCACCAUCAACCACCGACACGACCACGAGGCUACAUGUGACACUUACGCCGUCGCCAACCAAGCUACAAGCCACAACUGUGCAAAAAGAUAAAAAGCCACAAACGGCGGGAAAACAUUCAACACCAAGAAAACCUACAUCAGCAGUACCAAUUUCUUCAACAUCACAAACGUUUUCUGCAAAGACAAAGUCUUUGAAGCAAAUCUCUAUAAAAAUGACACCAGUGAUAUCCCAGCCGUCACAACAACCUAUACCAGACUUCGGCCAAACUGAUCAAGGGUCAACAGAGGCGGCUUGGGGUUCAACAGGCAUCAUCGUAGCGUCCGUGGCAGGAGGGUGUAGCUUAAUUCCCAUCACCUCUUUGCUUAUACUUCUGUUUAAGUAUAUUUCAGCCAAGAAGAAAGUAGGCACUGCCGUAACCGAGGAUACCGGUUCUACGUCUCACUGGCGCCUUGAGUCUGUUUGA